AUGCCUGAACCAGAUCCAAAGGCUGGUCGCACAUGCAUAUGGGCCAUCAGUUGCAUUUUAUUCAUCUGUAUAGCUGCCGGAGGUGGCUGCCUUUUGGCUUACAUGACCGUUCCUGAAUCUCAAUCCUCGAAUUUACUUCCUUUUCUUGGUUUCACCCUUGUUUGCAUGCCUUGGAUAUUUUGGAUCUUAACAUUAGUAUAUCGGAUAAUGUCAAGGGCCUUUGGAUUCAGGAUGGUAAUUGGUAGCUUGUACGGGAACGGUGGUGUUGCCACCGAGGGUACUGGCGAUGGUGGUGGUGCAGCUGCCGGUGUUAAUGAUAUUGAUGGUGCACAAGUUCUUGAUGUGAAUGCGAAAUCUCCACCAAGUUCUCCUGAGAAUAAUGGAAGGCACGCUCAAUUUGGUGAAGCUAAAAAUAGUGAUAUUGACCAAGAAAGAAAUAUCAAGAGAGCCGGUAGCUCUUCCUCAAGCAGUUCAAAUGAUAUAUCCGUUGCUUCACAUGAGUGUGAAAUGCCAUUGGCCUCAUCAAUGGUAUCAUGA